UUAUGUCAAGCAAAAAGAGCAUUAAAUAAAAGGAAAACAUAUCUAUUGAUAGUAGAUUGAACAUUUUGGAAAGUAGUAUCCUUGAUUAAUUUAAGCAAAUCUGAAUAGAGUUUGUAUGUAACAAGAUGCUUUAAUGCCUAUUGUCAAUGAAAUUCCUCAUGUCUAAAAGUUGGAAUAAUAAAUUAAAACACUCUUAAAAAAGCAAGAAGAAUUAGAAAAGAUAAGGGAUAAAUCAAGAGAAACAUCAACCAACACUAGCUUUAGUGAUUUCAAAAGUAAUAACUAAAAUAAGCCAUAUGAAAAACAGUUGAAUGAUUUAACAUUGAAGAUGAACUAUUUGGAUAAUCAAUUACAGGAAUUAUAGAAAAAGAGUUAAGGAAGAGUCGAAUAGUAAUUCAAAAUGUUUUCAGAUACCCAAGAUAUCUAAAGAUUAGAAUAAUUUAUUACUGAAGAAUUAAAUAAUUUUAGAAGUGAAGUUCAAUUAGAAUACAAAAACAUAUACAAAGUAAUUAUAAUAAAUUAUCUUCAGGAACUUAAUGGUUUAAGAUGUGAUCUCGAAUAUAUUAUGAAUAAUACUAAGAAGAAUAAAGUCACUUAAAAGAUUUAGUCUAUGAAUGUUAGUCCAGAUGAUAAGCUCUUUGUCAUUAAUCUAUUGGAAUAAGAGACGAUCAUUGAGGAAUUAGAUCAUUAUGAGAAUGAAAAUACUUUCAGAUUGUUAUAUGAAUUGGAUUAUUUUGAGUAAUAAAGGGAAUCCAUAUCGAAUUUGGAACCACAAUAAACCCAAAGAGAAAGUCUAUAUUUAGAAGAAAAAUUAAUUUCUUUAAAAUAUUAAUUAGCUGCUUCAAAAAGAAAGUAUUUAUUUGAGAUUAAGAAAAUUGAACAUAAAUUUUAAGUGAUUAACGAAAUUAUUGAAUAGAAUCAAAAAUAUCUCAACUAUUAAUAAUAAAUAAACAUUUUAACUCAAAGAAUGAGUAAGAUUGUCACAAGAGUCCAUUAAAAUAUAGAAUGUAUAUUCUAAAAGAUUAGUUCCCUAGAUAAGAGAUGA